AACCAAUCAAGAUGGCAUCCUGAAAAGCGCUUUACAUCAUUUCCAAAGCUUCUUCGUCGUUUCCGGUCAGAUCCAGCCUUUACCAUGUCGAAUUCAAUACUUUCCGCUUCCGCGAAGGGAGCCACCUUUCUCAUCCUCCUGCAGGUGGCUUCUCGCGCGCUGACGUUUGCUGUCAAUCAGGUUCUGUUGAGGUUCCUGUCACCAGAACUAUUGGGCGUGUCGGCGCAGCUGGAGCUGUUUUCCAUCUCUGUGUUGUAUUUUGCCCGCGAGAGUCUGCGUGUGGCGCUGCAGCGUCAGGCUCAUGGGACGCAGGCUGUCGUCAACCUUUCGUAUCUCGCUGUCUUUUUCGGCACGCCUCUGGCGUAUAUUCUCGCGCUACUAUGGAUGCGUUCCGAUACGCCAAACGUUCCGUACUUUAUGGAGGCCCUGGUUGUGUAUUGCCUAGCUACCUUCUUGGAACUGCUGAGCGAGCCGGCGUUCUCUGCUGUGCAGCAGAAGCUACUUUACAAGGUCCGGGCUUCUGCUGAAAGUUCAGCUACUCUACUGCGCUGCGUUGGUACUUGUGGCUCAGCUAUCUUGGCUAGUCGAGCUGGCCUGGACAUUGGGGUCUUGCCAUUCGCUAUCGGGCAGCUGGCGUAUGCAUUGGCUUUGCUUGUUGUGUACUCGUACAAAACGUGGCCUGUUGCAAAGACUGAUGGCUUUUCGCUGUUCCCGGAAAGAGUACCGUCCACUCAGGAAAACCCGACAUUGAUGAAUUACUUCUCAGCUUCUCUACUGCGACUGACUGCAUCUCUUAGUCUGCAGUCGGCGUUGAAGUAUGUUCUCACCCAGGGAGACUCUCUUCUAAUUACAACACUGGCAUCUCUCGCAGAUCAAGGCGCCUAUGCGCUUGCUUCAAACUAUGGAGGUCUCAUUGCACGCAUGCUGUUCCAGCCCAUUGAAGAAAGUAGUCGCAACAUGUUCGCCAAACUAUGCGCCAAUGUAGAGACGUCGUCGGCAACGAAGAAGAAGGACCAGAAGAAGUCGGACGAACAAAAGCAAAACCUUGCUCAAGCUUCUAGGGUAUUGAGUACCAUACUUCGACUCUACGGAAUCAUCUCCUUGUUCGCGGUUACACUAGGACCUGUACUAGCCCCAGUACUUCUCUCCAUCGUUGCUGGGCAAAAGUGGUCUGCGACGUCGGCUUCGCAGGUACUCUCCACGUAUUGCUACUACAUACCCUUCCUCGCUAUUAACGGAGUCACGGAGGCUUUCGUAGCCGCAGUGGCAACCAACAAAGAGCUAUACGCACAGUCCGUUUCCAUGGGCAUCUUCUUUGCGCUCUUCGCAGGUAGUGCAUGGUUCUUCAUCGGGCAGCUCGAGAUGGGAGGCAACGGCGUAGUACUUGCAAACACGGUCAACAUGGGCCUGCGCAUCAUCUGGAAUACCUGGUUCAUUAGGAGGUUCUUUGCGAGGAACGGGUCGGAGUUCAAUGCACUCGAGACGUUGCCCUCACUUGCUGCCAUGGCACCCGCGGCUGUUAUACCUACCCUGAUGCGAACGAAGCCUGCAAUCAGCUUUCUUGGGCGGCUUGGAGUGUUUGGAGAGCUGAUCAGUAUGGGUGCAGUGGGUGGUGUUUACGUCUUGCACGUUCUUUUCUUCGAACGGCAGUUUCUCGUCGACUGCUAUCGCAUGCUCCGGCCGUCGCGUUCUCCUCAGCCACCCGAGAAGUCGAAUUGAUUGGGCACGAGGAGUCGUCAUUGUACAAGGACGAACCUCGCUUCUGAUCUUGAAAAUGCCGAUUGCCGUCUUCCAGCCCUCGCAGCGCCCUUUGGGAUCUCUCGCGCCCUUCUGCAACGCGCAACAGGCAGAUAAUUCUAUCUCUUCCAUCAUAUAUGUGUGGUCCCGGUUGCCAUUUGGUUAACCAGGUUAUGGGUGAUUAGAUCGUUGUCGGUUUCGCUCGAGAUCGAUCAAUUCUCCCUUCCAAGGAUUGUCGGACUAUUGCAAACUACAGUACUUCCUAGAGAUAUUUUCCACCGCACCACUCAGCGCUCAGAAGACAAGACCGAUACCGCAACCUGGAUUUCCACGGCGCCCUCUACCGUCGUCACGGCCGCGGUCGUCCAACGUUCGUGCCA